AUGGCACGUACCGAACUGGAAAUAAAGAAGCAAAAGCGUAAGGCCAAAAAACGUAAACAUGACACGCAGCCAGCGGGAAGCGACGACGAAGUGGCCAACAAAAGUUUAAUUGUGGAGGAGCAGGUGGCAGCGGAAGCCCAGGCGAAGGAACAGCUGCCCCGUAAAACCAAGGCGUCCAAGCGCAAGAUCCAGGCGGAGCAGGGUGCCAUCAAAGAGAAACGCAGCAAACAAACAGAUGAAAUUAAGGAAGACGCCGCCACAGAUGAUGAGCUAGAUGACAUGCCCACAGCGGAACAACUGGAGGAGGCGACCAAGCCCGAGAAUUCGAAUGCCAUUGUUACGGUACGACAAAAGAAAAAACAGAAACACUUGCAGCGGCUAGAGACACAAAAAGAUCAGAGUGCCGACAAAGAAGCCAAGCGCAAUGAGGAGUACCUACGCAAGUGGCGGGACAGUAGGCAAGAUUGGAAGUUUGAAAAAUUGCGACAAAUUUCCAUACAACAAACGGCCUUCGAUGAGAAAAAGGUUGGCGCAGAUAUUUGGCCCAUUGCUUUGGAGUAUCUAGCGGGCUCAAAGGGCGCGGCAAAGGCAAUCAUUAGCAAACUGGCCGAGGAUGCCAUACAAGAAAUGGACAAACAGUGUGAACAGCUCGAAGAGGAGGCGGAGCGUCAGGCGAUUGUAGAAUCAACACGGUAUCAACGCGCUCGUAACCUGUUGCAAAGUUUCGAUUAAGAAUUAGUUUCUAGUUUUGAUAUGAAUAUAGCAAAAAUGCGUUCUUGUUAAUAUUUAGGGUUUAAUAAACAAAAGAAAAAACAUGUUAUUUAUAAA